AUGGACACAUCCAAAUUAUCACUAAAAGCACGAACAGACAGUUUAAAAGCUUAUUAUUGUAAAGAGAAAAAGAAAUUAGCCGUCGCGGGACGUCUGGCAGAUUUGAAACAUCAAAACGAUUUUGUACUAGAGUCAGUUCCAAAUGGCGACGCCACACCGCAUUACAUGUCACGUAAACUAUCACAUGCCGUGGCGACGCGUCGCUACGCCAACAGCAGUUCUGACUAG